CGGUACUGGAAAUGUCUCCCCAUCCCUGACUUCAUCACGUUCAACAUCAUAUUUUCUAAUUAUUGAGGUUAUUUUGAAAGUCUCUUUGGGUUCCCGACAUCUACUGCUUUCAUGGUGGCUAUAAUUCUCGUGGGAUAACCUUCCUGUGGCUCUUUAGUCCUGUUCUCUACAGAGACAAACAGAGAGAUCGAGUUGCCCCGGGACUUUAAACGACCUGACCCGUACUACUUACUACACCACACGCUACACUUUUGCGAUCGCAUCGCGAUUCGCGAAACGCGCCUUUCGCCCAACAGAUCGCGGAUUACCAUAUCUUCCAGCACGAUGACAGACGUCGCCAUGUCGCCGAAUGGCCUAUUGAGCCCUCAGCCGCAAGACGAUCGGUCACAAUCCCCUCUUUCAACAUCAGCAAAACGGAAGCGCGUUAAUAGCAAUGAAGAGUCGUCCAUCCAUGUGAACGGCACGACUGAGCCAAAAACCAAUGGAGCUCCCAAGACGAAUUCGCACGAACAGAUCGACGACUUCAUCACCAUCCUCAAAAGAUUCGAUACAACCCCCUCCAUCCUCGAACGCCCGCUAUCCAAUCGUGAAGAGUCGAAAGAGCCACAGGCAAAGCGAUCGAAGACCGACAAUGCCAACACCAUCAUCGCGCGCGCAGCUGCUCACGCGUAUUCGAGCCUCAACGAUGUCAUCUCCGACGCCAAAGCCGCUUCCAAAUCUUUGACCGACGAGCUUCAAUUGCCCAACGGGUCAACCAGAACCCACAACACACCCUUGUCUAUCCGGGAAUCACAGCUCGUCACGAACAUCAAUCUCUUUACAAAGACGGCCGAAGACCUCGCGCAUCGUCAGAAGACACAAGACGAGUUAAAGUCGGCAAAAGAGGAGCGGGAACAGAGCCCAAAUAUCUCGAACUACCCUACAAACGGAACGUCCCCGAAAGCCUCGACGCAAAUAUCGAUGACGCCCGGCGAGCAUAAGCUCGUUUUGACUUUGUACGGCAAUGCUCCCGGCGCGAAGCAGCUGUUUUCGUCUCUCCAAGAGACGGCUAAGGUGCCGAAUGGAACCAUCAGAGUACCACAGCCGCUGCGGGAGGUAGGUCUGCCAAAUGGGAUCAACACUACACAGAUCGUCCCGAUAGAUACAUCUGGGGCCGUGGACGACAAGAAGCAAUUACAGACACUGGGCGACUUGUUCUCUACGUCUACAUCCACAUUGCCUUUCCUGCCGCCCAAACCGAUAAGGGCUUCUUCAAACAAGGGCCUCGCGAUCGGUUGGUCGCAACCAUCGGUAUCGGACAUCGAACGCGCGCGCAACAACCAGAGUUAUUAUAGUCAACCAAUAUCAUCCGGCCACUGGCUUGAAUAUACCGGCAGCUCAAACCUUCCAGACCCGAAGCGAAAACAACGAGAGAGAGCCAUGAGCCUUAACGGGGUCAAGGCCUCCACAUCAGAAGCGGAGACUGCUGAACAAGAAGCUGCGAAAUUAGACGCGCUCUUCCGAAGUGCAUAUUCGUCAUUUGCUCCAACAAAGGAUGAUGCGGCAGCUGUUGUCCCACAAGGGGUGGUUAGCAAAAUCUGGUGGCAACGGGUCGGCGAGAAGACCUUCCAACGGCUCGCCAACAACAUGGAGACCAUGGCAUUAGUUGGACUGGAUGCCCAGCAAUCUACGUCGGAUAAUAUGGCUGUUGACUCUGUUGACGACGAAGAUGAGAAGUUCAAGGAUGCCGUUGAUAACUGGGAAGAGGUUAUCGAUCCAAGCCUCGAAGACUCCACCUCAGACGCAAACGACCAGUCGAUUGAGGAUAAGGACGUUGCAGAGGUGCUGGACGGUAUUUCUGAUCUUCUCGAGACGCUGAAUUCGUACCAGAGAAACCGCAAUCUUUCUCUGAGCGCCGUCCCCCGUGCUGGCGUCAUGCCUGGCGCCGACAUACCAAGCCCGGCCAAACCAAGCGAAGCAGAAGCUGCCACCUACAGCAUUCUCAAGUCCCAAUUAACUUUAAUGAUCGCGACGUUACCGCCUUAUGCUGUUGCGAAAUUGAAUUCGGAUCAAUUGUCUGAUCUCAGCAUCAGCACAAAGGUCCCUGUGUUAACAGAUACUUUCAAGGGGGUGCUGGAAGAGGACGAAUACGCAGCUCGUGCCAAGGUCGCCGCGAUGACAGCUGCUACAACCUCUAGACACACACCGUCGACCUCGCACCACCGCUCUUCCUCCCUAUACGGAAACCAGUACGCGGCGGCUUCAGCACGUCCCUCCGCACCACCGGCGCAAUACUACAACCAAUCCCAAACCCCCAACCGCGCUCCCUCAACCAACAUGGUCCGCCCUCCCUCAACCGUCGGUCCCAUCCCCUACACCCCUCCCCGCACCAUCUCAGGCACAAAAUACCGGCCACAACAAGCCUACGGCACACCGACCUACCCCCACCAGGUCCCUCGCCCCGGCCCUCCCCAACAAUACCCCUCCGGCCCACAAGCUUACUACCAAACUCCUAACGCGCAGAAGUACGCCCAACCACCCCAAACAGCACCACAGCAACGCUACCAACCCCCAGCCAAUGCAGCGUACGCCGCUCAGCGCGCGCAACCCCCUGCGAACGGCCUAGCAGCGUACCCAUACGCGACGCCCGCGCGACAAGCUUCUCCGCAGAAGCCGCAGCAGGGAUACACUUCGCACCUCCCCGCAACGGCACCGCGGCCGUUCCCAGCGUCGUACUACCCCAAUGGUGGUGCGCCAUCGACGCCGCAGCCUCAGGCAGCUCCGCUCGGGCCGACGGGGUAUCACACUGUGAUGACGCCGGCGGAGCAGUCGAGCAUGAUGGAGCGGCAGCGGGCGCAGUUGGCGCAACAGCAGGGUGUGCAGGCGGCAGCACGGAAUGUGGCACAGGCGGGUGUUAAUGGCGGGCAGGCUAACGGCGGCGGUGGGGGGAUGUGAGGUUUACUACUCCCUGGAUAGGAUGGGGAUGCAAAUGCUAGACUGUUUUUAUGUCGUCUUCCUUGUUCUUCUUCUACUGCUUGUGGAUUCUAUUUUAUGUGUUACUACGGAUUAUGGCGUUAGUGUGGCUGGUGCUGGUGGUGAGCCUGUGGAGUUGUUCCUCUCGUGCGCGAUUUUGGGUUUGGGUUUGAGUGCUUUUUCGAAGUGGGCGGGCGGGUUGUGGUGUGAGCAUGGCAUGGCAUGGCAUGGCAU